AUGAGUGCCACGCUGCAGCCAUAUUUGGAUGCUGUACGGAAAACAUUAGAGGCUGCGAUGUGCCUGGAACAAUUCAGCUCGCAGGUAGUUGAAAGGUAUAACAAACCAGAAGUGGAAGUUGGCACAUCAUCAGAACUUUUAUUAACUCCGGUAGUUGUAUCACGUAACAAGCAGGAACGUGUUCUUAUUGAGCCGUCGAUCAAUUCGGUGCGCGUCAGUAUUGCCGUGAAACAGGCUGAUGAUAUUGAGAAAAUUCUAACUCACAAAUUUACACGUUUCAUGUGUCAGAGGGCUGAUAACUUUAUUAUACUCAGAAGAAAGCCGAUACCAGGUUAUGAUAUAUCGUUCUUGAUAACUGCAACGCAUACAGAAAUGAUGUAUAAGCACAAAGUGGUUGAUUUCUUGAUUCACUUUAUGCAGGAAAUUGAUAAGGAAAUCAGUGAUAUGAAAUUGGCACUAAAUGCUCGUGCUCGAGUAUCUGCAGAAGAAUUCCUGAAGCGUUUCAACUAA